CUGUUGUUCAAAAAAAAAAAAAACACAGAGGUUUCUCUCUCCUCCGGUUUUCUCUCUCAUACGAUUAUCUCGGCUCACGACGAAAUUUGAGUUCUUACAGAUCGGCGGAAACGAUCUGAGAUUAGGGUUUCGGAAACAAUCCGAAAUUCCAAAUUGAUGUAGGAAGGAUCUUGUAAUUUAUAGGAAUAUUUUCGUUCAAUUAAUUCUGUUGUUGUUUGUGUUUGGUUUAAAUAGAAGGUUGGAUCUUUGAUCCGUUGAUGGUGAAUUAGUUUGAUGGGUGUUUCAUCUAAGUUUGUUUUGAAAUUUGGGUCAUGAAUUGUUUAGCUUGGGAGAAGAGGAAUUGAAUUUCAAGAGGCUUGAAAAGCCUUUUCUUUUGUUCUUCUUUUGUAACUUUUGUGGAAUGAUUUCUGUGGUGAGUAGAGAUGGGAGGAAACGGUUACCUUUAGACUGUUCUGUUGAAGAAAAGAUGGAUGAGACUGAGCUUGAAGAAGGAGAGGCUUUUUCAUCUCAUGAAGUUGAUGAUUCGUCCAUUGACCCUGAUGCUCUAUCAUAUAUUGAUGAGAAACUUCAAGACUUCCUUGGACAUUUCCAGAAGGAUUUUGAAGGUGGUGUUGUCUCAGCUGAGAAUUUGGGGGCAAUGUAUGGUGGGUAUGGCUCUUUUCUGCCUACCUAUCAACGCUCUCCGCCGAUAGCUCAGAACAGUGUCUCGAAUGAGUCGAUAAACAUCAAGCAUAUUGAGAAGACAUCUUCUCAGAGUAAUUUGGUGAAGGAAGAGCCAUCUUCAAGGCUUGAGCUUGUUAACCACUCUGCUCAUUCAUCUGACCAGAAAAAUUUGAGAGUUCGAAUUAAAGUAGGGUCUGAGACAGUUAAGAAAAAUUCUGAACUGUACAGUGGUCUUGGCCUCGAUGUUUCUCCAGCUUCAUCACUUAAUGAUAGCACAACUGACAGUGAAGAUGGGCCAGAUGUCUCACCUACUAGCAUUCUCCGGAUUAUGACAUCAUUGCCACUCCUCGAUGGCGUAGUAUUAUCUCCUCUUACUGAUCACAUGGUUUGCUUGACUGAAAGGGAGAAGUUGCGGAUAGAUAGUGCACGCAGAUCAAGUUCAAACGGGUGUCAUCCUGGUUUAAAAGUAAAGAGGGCUGAAAAUGGCAUCCGUGGUCCAUUGAAGAAAGAGGCUGAUAUUGACAUCAUGGAUUGCGAUGAACUUGUUGCUAAUACAUUGAAGCUUCCUCUUUUGUCUAGAUCAGCUGACUAUGCUGCGAAGGGUAAUGUGAAACUCGAUCACAAUUCAGAAAUAGCUGAUCUAGUUAAAGAGGAAGAAAAGUUGGUUAGCUUUUCAAAACCUAGUGCACAGGCUCUAAAUGGAAGCAAAUCCCAAACUGAGGGAGUCAAGGGCUCUUCAAAUUGGAAGGCUAUCAAAGAAGAGUGUGAUAUGGAAACAACAGCUGUGAAGGAGCAAACAUCUUUAGUUGGGAAGAAGAAACCGAAAAGUAAACAUAAUGUGCAAGAUGCAAAAGUUACUAAAGACAGUUCCCAUGUUAACGGGCAUCUCUCGAAAACCAAGAUUGGAGAGUCUAAGUUUCACAAUCAUCCUCAAGAAGGCAAAAAUAAAUAUAGUGAUUUCUUUGGAGACUUGGAGUUGGGACAAGAAGAUAAUGAUGUGGAUUCGGUUGGAACACCUUCACCUUCGUUGGAGCCAAUCAAAAGUGAACUGGUUGGUAAAAAUACAUUAAAUCAUCAUGCCUCAAAGGAAAUGGUGCCAAAAUUAGAGGCUCCUUCAAAAGGGCCUUAUCAAGUGCCUCCACCUUCCAAUAAUGGUCCUAUUGGUGAUGCAGUUCAUGGAUUGUCGGUUCCUCCCCUGGUGAAAGAAUAUUGGGUAGGUUGUGACAAGUGUCAGAAGUGGCGGCUUCUUCCUCUUGGUAUAUAUCCAAAUUCUCUUCCUGAGAAGUGGCUGUGCAGCAUGCUCGAUUGGCUGCCUGGCAUGAACCGAUGUAGUGUUAGCGAAGAAGAGACAACAAAAGCUGUAACUGCCCAUAACCUACUUCCUCCAUCCAAUGGUCAAGCGAUUCAGUCUGGUCAAUCUGAUGUUGUUGUUAUGUCUGGCCCAUACUCGAGGAAUGCUGUUCGGGCUGAUCAGAGCCAUGAAAAUCGUGGACUUCCUUCUAUGCCAUGUGUAGCAAAGAAGAAACCUGCAGUGAAAGAAAUGUCAAAUUCUAUGGAUCUGGGUGGCACUGAGCAGUCACUGAAGAAGAAUAUUAAGGCAUCUUCUCAAAGCAGAAGCUUAAAUGAAGUUGGCCAUAUUUUCCCUGCAGCAGAUGACCUUCCACCUCACAAAAACAAACACAAAGAGAAAAAUAAGCAACUUGAUUACCGUUCUGAAGGAGGUGAUAUGAGGAGCUCUAAGAUAACAAACAAAGGAGGCCUUGACCAUUCUGAUCAAGAUGAAGAUCUUUCAAGUGGUGCCAAGAGAACUAAAAGAGAUAAUAAUGCACAUCAAAUGGAUGAAGGUGGUUCUUUCGAGAAAGCACGCCCUAGCUCUAGUAGCGGACUGUCAGUAAAUGCAUCAGGGAAAGCGGAACACAGGUCUAAGGAACAUUUGAAGGUCAACAAGAGUGAAGGAAAUAACAGUUCAAAUUAUGAUGCAAAGGAUGUAAGAAAGAGGAAACUGAAUGAAGAUAGCAAGCAAGUUUACACUGACGUCCCUCAGGAUUGCAGGGGCACUACAGAAGAAACAAAUGAAAACAAUCAUAAAAUAGUAAAGAGGGCAAAGGUCUCUAUUUCAGGGUGGAAGGAAGGCGAUAGUAAGGGUAAAAGCUCUAUUGAACCUUUGGUAAAAGAAAGUGGAUCUCGCCAACCCUCUGUAGCUGCUGCUUCAAGCUCUUCAAAAGUUUCAGGGUCCCCAGUGGAAUCAGUAUCUUCUUCUCCUUUGAGGAUUUCGACUCAUGAUAAGGCUAAAUUAACUAGAAGGGAUCCUGAGCCAAAAGAAGAUUGUAGAAGAAACUCAGAUAGUCAAGACGAGGGGAGGAGGGAACGUGCAUUUGAUGCUCCAGGCAAAAAUGGGGAAUACCCUGGUGUUAGUAGAGCUAGAGUAAUUGAGGUACCCUCUCAGUUAGAAAAUCGCCGUUCUGCAGAUACUCAUCCUCCUACCAAAUUGCCAACAAUAGAUCAUCACGGCAAUGAUGAUGGAAAAAGAAAUGAGAAUGAGGGUUACUUAGACACAUCACAUGCUAGGAAAUCCGGAAAGGGUUCGUUGUCUCGAUCUAAGGAUAGCGAUGGAGGUUUUAAGGACAAACUUUCUAAUUUUAGUAAAGAAUUUGCUGACAAUUCAUUUCCUAGUGAAGACAUUGCAAGGUCUGGAAAGAUUAGGGUUAUGGAUAAAAUAGAUCCUGUGGAUAAAGUGGCAAUUCAGAAGGCUAAAAGUAAUACUCAGUUGAAAUUGAAUGUUAAAGUAGAUACGGUUUCCUCCAAGCAAGAACAAAAGCAGAAUCAGAAUCAGCGAUUUGAUGAUGAUGGGGAAAAAUCUUCCAGAAAGUCUACUUAUGGAAAGAUGGAUCAGAUAGAAUCGUUGGGGAGAGAAAAGUCUAACUUGUUACCACCUUCUGGAAGAAGUCAAAACGAGGGUUUGAAGCUUGCAAAUGGCACUUCUGAAGGUUAUGGUUCAGUUAAGCGUGCAAAAAAUGGGAAAACUUUAGAAAGCGAUCAGCCAACUAAGCCGAGCCCACUUAGAAGGGAUUCAUUUAGCCAAUCAGCCAGUACAGCUGUAAAAGAGGCAAAGGAUCUCAAACAUAUGGCGGAUCGUCUUAAGAAGAAUUCUGGAGAAAGUGGUGAAAGCACAAGUCUUUAUUUCCAGGCUGCCCUUAAGUUUCUUCAUGGAGCUUCUUUAAUGGAACUUAGCAGUACCGAAACUUCCAAGCAAAAUGAAAUGAUUCUGUCUACCCAGACUUAUAGUAGUACUGCCAAACUUUGCGACUUUUGUGCACAUGAAUAUGAGAAGUCCAAAGACAUGGCUCAUGCUGCUCUGGCAUACAAAUGCAUGGAAGUGGCCUAUUUGAGGGUAGUUUAUACUUCACAUAACAGUGCAAGCAGAGCUCGACAUGAAUUGCAGACAGCACUUCAUAUAGUUCCUGGCGAAUCUCCUUCUUCUUCAGCCUCUGAUGUCGAUAACUUAAAUCACCUAGCAGCCGCAGACAAGUCCCUGUUAACAAAGGGUGUUAGCUCUCCUCAAAUUGCUGAACAUGUUAUUACUGCAAAAAACCGUCCUAGCUUUCAGCGAGUGCUCAAUUUUGCACAGGAUGCAAAUUAUGCAAUGGAAGCCUCAAGGAAGUUCAGAGCUGCUUUUGCAGCUGCAAAAGCUAGAAAUGAAGAGAAUCUAAGUUCUGUGAAGAGAGCUCUUGACGUCAAUUUUAGUGAUGUGGAAGGAUUACUACGUCUAAUUCGAUUAGCAAUGGAUGCUAUGGGCCGAUGACAGUUGACUAGUUCAAAAAUAUAAAUUUAAAAAAAAAAAUCCAUUGGUUUCACAAGGAAGAGGAGCUGACUUAACUCCUGAUGCAUAAACAGAGUUCAAACAUAUUUGAAGAGGCUGGAUCUUUACUUGUUUCAGGGAGGACUAAUUCGGUUUCUCUCUUGGGAUUCGUUUGAGACGAGAUGUAAUUGAUUCUUUAACGAGGAAGAAAUAAUCACAUAUGAUGACUUUCAACUACCAAUUCUACCUUCGGGAUAAAUUGAUGUCUGUUUUAACUUUCAACCAUCACUUUCAGUGGCUUUCUCCAUGGCAUUUCUGAGAGGGAUUUGUAAAUGUAACAAAUUACCAUAUGAUCAUAUUAUUGGGGUAGAAAUCUACCUAGAGUAAAGGUUCAUUGUAAUUAAUCAAUGUAAUUUAAAUGAUUAGUUAUCAAGGAAUUUUGUAGACAAAAGGCUCUCUUAUGUGUACAAUAGAGUGAAUAGUUUCUAUUUGUUUUCUUUGGUGUUGAAUUCCAACAACAAUAAAUUUAAAUGUUAUUAUUUUGUUGUA